AUGGAGCGAGGAAGCUGGCAGCAGUGGCUGCUGCUGCUGGUGGGCAUCCAGCUGGCUGGUGGCCAGUGCCCAGAGCAGUGCCAGUGUGUCCGCACCGCCCAGGUGGAGUGCUCUGGUGCCAGCAUCACCGCGGUCCCCAGCCCCAUCCCUGCCAACGCCAUGACCCUCCAGAUCAUCAACACGCGCAUCGCUGAGCUGGGCGACGCGUCCUUCGGCAACACCUCCCUGCUGAUCGGGCUGCGCAUCGAGAAGAACAACCUGUCGCACAUCAGCCCCGGGGCUUUCCAGCACCUGCCUGACCUGCGCUACCUCAGCCUGGCCAGCAACAAGCUGCAGGAGCUCCCUGUGCAGGUCUUCGAGCCCCUGGACAAGCUGGAGUCUCUGCUCCUCUCUAGCAACCAGAUUCUCCAGGUUGAGCCUUCUCACUUUGCCCACCUGAGUAACCUCAAGGAGCUGCAACUGCACGGGAACAACCUGCAGGAGCUGAAGGAGGGGGUGUUCGACCAGCUUACCAGCCUCACCAAGCUCAACCUGGCCAGGAACAACAUCGACCGUCUGCCGCCCCGGGCUUUCGAGCGGCUGGCGCGGUUGCAGGUGCUGCGGCUCUAUGAGAACCGGCUCCGGCAGAUCCCGGUGGGUGCCUUCGACGGGCUGCCAGAGCUGCUGGAGCUGGGGCUGCACCAGAACCAGCUGGAGAUGCUGUCCCCGGAUCUCUUUGUGAACAACGGGAACCUGCAGAAGCUCUACCUGUCCAACAACCUCCUCACCACCCUGCCAAGCGGCAUCUUCUUGCCCCUGCGCGCCCUUGCCAAGAUCACCCUGCACGUCAACCGCCUGCGGGACAUCUCCCCCAGCGCCUUCGGGCCCACGCCCGACCUGCGGGAGCUGUGGCUCUAUGAGAAUGAGCUUUCCACCCUCCCUGCUGCUGUCUUCAGCAACCUCACCCAGCUGCAGCUCCUGGUCCUCAGCAAGAACCGCCUGCGCUCGGUGGCACCAGGGGCUUUCCGGGGCUUGGGGGAGCUGCUGGAGCUGUCCCUGCACUCCAACACCCUGCGCCGCCUGGAUGCCCAGGCACUGGAGGGGCUGCCCAAGCUGCAGAACCUCUCCCUGCACCACAACCAGCUGCAGGUGCUGCCACGGGGCCUCUUCAGAGCCACCCCAGGGCUGCAGCACCUGCAGCUGCACUCCAAUGCCCUGGAGUACCUACCCACUGGCAUCUUCUCCCCCCUGGCAACCCUGCGAGAGGUGAAGCUGCACAACAACUCCUGGCGCUGUGACGAGGGCAUCCUACCCCUGAGGAGCUGGUUGGAGGACAACCCCCACAAGGUGGGCGAUACACCCCCCCUCUGUGCCCAGCCCCCCAUACUGAGGGGCACUCCCAUUUCCGGGCUGCUGCGGGACCAGCUCCUCCCUCCCUUACCCUCCACUGCCUCUGCCCAUCCCAGCACCCCGCUCCCAGCUCACCCCUCUGAGGUGGCAUCAUUGGAGAGUGAUUGGACGGAGCCCCCCAUGGGGGUGCCGGUCUCCCCACGAGAGGAGGAAGAAGAGGCAGAGGAGCAGGGCUGGUGGGGGCUGACACGCAUACAGAGCGGGGUGGUGGUGGCGGUCAUCGUGCUGGUGUGUUUGGCCCUGCUUGCUGCUCUGGUGGCACUGGUGGUCUACGGCUGUAGGAAGAAAAGCCACGUUGUGCUCAUGAGGAUGAAGGCGCCCAAUGAAGCCUGAGCACCUGACAGAGCCUGGGGGGGAACGGUGCUAGAAGAUCAUGCCCUUCCCAUGGGGCCAAGGGACAUGACAGUGGCUCUGUAUCAGCUGCCCUUGCUGAUUGGGACAGGCAAGCAUCACCCUGAGUGCUGUGUGUCCCCCUGUCCUGCUCUGCUUUUCCCUGCCCCUGCUCUGCAGCAGGGUGUCCCCCCCAGGUGACCUCCCCUGGCUGUUCUAUGUCCCCAGACCUUCCUGCCUCCAGUGCAGCCUCUGUGCUCAUUCUCUGGCUGGUGGCUAGCAGCUGGCACAUGGCGUGCUGAGAGGGACCACUCCAGCAGGCACCCACAGCCUGACCAUGAUGGUGCUUACCCCAAACAACUGGACAUUCCCAUCCUUCACCUGGCAUCAUCCCCUCCAGUGGUGCCUGCCCUUGCACUUGUCUGCUGCCCAACCCCACCUCCUCUCCCCCAUUUAUUACCCCCCUGUCAUGCCCCCAGCCUCUGCCCCUGCCUGGGCAGGCAGUUGCUAGCCAGGAGCCAAGCGAGUUCCUUUGCCCUCAGCAGCUGUGUGUCCAUGAGCUGCUUUGCAGCUCACCUGCAUCCCACAGGGCUGGGAUGUCUGGGCCUGGCGCUGCUGCUGGGGUGGCACACCCUGGGUGACUUGGCUGUCUCCAAGCUGCCCUCCCUGCCUGCAGGCAGGGCAGGCCAGAGCACAGCCAGCAUCUUCUCCUGCUCCCCCCACCCUUUGUGCAUUUCCUGCCAGGAUUGCCACAGGGCAGUGUGCUGGCAUGUGGGGACAGUGACAGCCCCCUCAGCCCUUGCUGUACCCUGGUGCUAACCCUCCUGUGGCUGUGUCCUGCCUGCAACACCCUGCCACAGCCCCCCGGGGGCUCGCACCAGCCUCUGCUGCCAGGGAGUUAAAGGGGUAGGACGAUGGGUGUGAAGUGUCUGCCAGCGGCUGGGAGAGGCCCCCGUGCCUGUGUCUCAGGGCUGCUGGAGCAUGCCAGGGCUGCUCCUGUGGCACCCCAACCCUGGUUCUUGCUGCCUGGAUACCCUUGUGCAUCCUCCACCAGCUAGUGAGCAACCUGGCCAAACUUCUUCCUCUGCCUCCCUUCAGUGCCCUCUUGUAUGUUCCAGUCCUGCUGCCUGCUCAGAGACCCCAGGCAGGGGGACACUGGCUCUGCACAGGGGGGUGUCAGCCUGCAUUGGCUGCUCUGCAAUUGGCAGGUGGGUGUCAGCACCUGCAUCCAGCAGCCACCCUGCCUCCUCCUGCUGUGGCACGGCCACAGGGAAGUCCAGCUCACCUCUGUGCACGAUGCAGUGGUGCCAGGCUGCCUGGACAUCACUGCCAUAGGACAAGGGUCUUACUUGGUGUGCAUUCCACAGCACUCACAGUGCCCCAGGAGCCAGUGCUGCCUUGUGCACGUGGUGGGAUGCUCCUCUGGGCUGGCACCUGCACGGUGUGGGAGACAUGGGACUGUGCUGGGGGGCUGUUGGGUGCUGCUCUGUGAC